CGUCUUCUGCCACAGGCAACUGACUAGCUAGCUAAUUUGUUGGUUCAACAAUAGCUGCCGAAAUAGCUUAUCUAUUUUCCGGCUCUGUCGAGUAUAACAUAUCGAUGACUAUCUCUCUAAUAGUGACUAGAGUUGGGACUUGGCUACACUAAGUCAAGCAGCCUAAAACUGAUGUUAAUUUGCUAGCUAAUUUUGCAACGUUGCUCACCAACUAACGCUGUUAGCCCAGCUAAUUAAGAAUCUUUAAAGCGCAUCUAGCUAGCUCAACGAAGCUAGCCUUCCCUGCUACCGUUAUCAGUUCACUUGAAGUGAUGCAGCUCAGAUAGAUCCAUUUUUGAAUCAUCAUGAUGGCAGGUUCCCAGUGGGAGCUUCCUCCAGAGCUAUGUUGUCGGCCUAUGGCCUUUGUAGCUCUGACUGGUCUGGAUGUGGUAUACAAUGCUGUGCACCGUGCCAUUUGGGAUUCCUUCUGUGCUAACCGUCGAGCAGACAGAGUCCCCAUCUCGUUCAAAGUGCUUCCAGGAGACCAUGAGUACCCCAAAUGUCGCACCAAGCGAACUUCCUAUGAGUGGUACAUUCCCAAAGGCAUCCUGAAAACAGGUUGGAUGAAUAAACAUCUCAAUCUGGUACCUGCUUUGGUUGUUCUCUUCUAUGAACUGGACUGGGAUGACCCCCAAUGGAAGGAGAAACAGUCUGAAUGUGCCACUAAAGUGGAGAUUGUCAGGACCAGUCUUCAGAGCAGGAACACCAAGGUGGCUGUGGUUCUGAUCCAGAAGAAAACCCCUCUGCCUCCAGGAGAGGACCUGGUUGCAUCAGAGAGAGCCUCAGCUCUUUGUAAUGCCUGUGAUCUGUCUGGCAAGAGUCUCUUUGUACUGCCGCACACUGAUCACUUAGUGGGCUACAUUAUAAGGUUGGAGAAUGCCUUCUAUGAGCAUGCUCAGACGUACUACUACACUGAGAUUCGUCGUGUCAAAUCACACAAGGAGUUCCUUAACAAGACCACACAUCAGCUGCUGUUUGUCAGACACCAGUUUAAAAUCGCUUUCUUCAGUGAGCUGAAACAGGACACCCAGAAUGCUCUCAAGUACUACAAAACAGCAUACAGUCUUAUCCAUGAGCUCAGAGCCCAUGAGACCAACAUGCUGGAGAUCAAGACUAUGGCUGGGUUCAUCAACUAUAAGAUCUGUCGCCUGUGCUUCCAGCACAACACUCCUCUAGAUGCUAUAGCCCAGUUUAGGAAGCACAUUGACCUGUGUAAGAAGAAGAUUGGCAGUGCUGAGCUGGCCUUUGAGCAUGCUGCAUGGAUGUCUAAACAGUUCCAGUCCUUCGGUGAGCUGUUUGAUGAAGCAAUAAAGCUGGGUCUGACAGCCAUCCAGACUCAGAACCCUGGUUUCUACUACCAGCAGGCUGCCUGCUACAGUCAGGACAGGAAGCAGCUGGCACAGCAGCUCUGUCAGAGCGGAACGAGUUAUCCCUCCCCUGACCCGUUGGAUACCCAGAGCGGAGUACUGGACUUCUAUGGACAGAGACCAUGGAGACAAGGACACCAGAGUAUUGAUCCUCCAGAUGCAGAGAAGGAGAAGACAGGGAUUCUGGCCCUGCAGAUUAAAGAAAGAGGUGUGCCACAUUCUGAGCUGAUAAUAGCACUUCUCAGUAAUGCUGUCGCCCAGUUUAAGAAGUACAAGUGCCCUCGAAUGAAGAGCCAUCUCAUGGUGCAGAUGGGAGAGGAAUACUACCAUGCUAAAGACUACACCAAAGCCCUGAAGCUGCUGGACUAUGUGAUGUGUGACUAUCGCACAGAGCGGUGGUGGGGUCUCCUGACAGCCAUAUUGACCACAGCUCUCCGCUGUGCUUACCUGAUGGCCAGUGUUAAAGACUACAUCAUAUACUGUAUGGAGCUGCUGGGCAGAGCUUCAACACUAAAGGAGGGUCAAAAGUCAAGGAUCGAGAAGAAUCUCAUCAAAGUCCUGAUGAAUGAGGUCCCUGAUGCUGAGCCGGAGUGUGAUCCGUCUUCUGUCAGCUCAGCCAGGUCACUGUGGAACGACCGAAUGGCUUUAGCUGGAUUGAAUGAGUUCACUAUAGAAGUUCAGGACUACAUACCAUUCAUCCAGUGUAAGGCCAAAUUCCACUCUCCCAGUUUCCAUGUAGACCAGCCCAUCCAGCUACAGGUCUUCCUCCGAGCUGACUGUCCUCAUCCUGUAACAUUUAAUAAGCUGGCUGUCAGCCUCAGCAAUCAGGAGUACAACCAGUGGUGUGUGGUGGAGUCAUCAGGUCAGGAGAGUAUGAGCUUGUUGCCAGGAAAGACCAAAUGCUACAACUUCAGCUUUGUAGCAAAGACUGAAGAUGUUGGGAAGAAGAUCGAGAUGACAGGUAUUGAGGUGAUGCUGGGCAGUGUCAGAGGCCGCUGUGUGUUUCUGAGCUGGAGAGGGGCAGGUGGAGAUGCAGCCUCCACCCACGAAGCCUUGCAGGCCAGCAGGUCAUCACGUCGAUGGGGGAGGGGCAUUGAGAUGCGACAAGAGCUGGACUGGGACAGCCUGACUGUGCAGCAAAGCACCAUGAUCAUCUCCAGAGUCCCGAAGAUAUCUGUUCAACUGAGCCAUCAGCCUCCUGCACUUAACAAUGAAAUGUACUGCAUCUGCCUCACCAUCCAGUCACAGGAGGAGAGCGUGGCCAAGGAUGUCAAACUGACAGCUGGCCUGAAACCAGGCCAGGAUGCCACUCUAGGACAGACCACACAUGUGACACUUGAUGGCUCAAAGGUUUGUGACGACACUGCACCUGCUUUACUCCCUGACGUACCCCUGGGAGAUCUGAAACCAGGUGAAAAGUUGGAGAGAUGUGUAUGUGUGAGGUGUGUGUCGACCGGAUCAAGGGUCUUCCUGUUCCAUGUGGCCUACAGCAUCGAUACCUCAGUGGAGGGACAACAGAUUGUCUGCAAAUGUCAUAAGGAUGAGACGGUUACCAUAGAGACAGUGGUCCCAUUCGAGGUGUCUGUGAAGUUUGUUUCUACCAAGUUCGAGCCAUUGGAACGAAUAGCCGUGGACAUCCCCUUCCUGUUGAUGACAGACAUCCUUUCCUCGUCUCCCUGGCCUCUUCUGUUGGCCUCUUCCUCUCUGCAACUGCUUACUAUGACCAGCAACACACCGCAGCUUCAGUCCCAGCUGCAGGAAGUGGUUCUGCAGACAGGUGAGUGUGCCAGUGAGUGCUUCUGUCUGCGAUGUCCUCCACUAACCAGCAGCAUUAACACUGUGGCUACAGGACAGUAUCUGAUAUCAUGGAAGAGAAAGUCCGCGACUGCAGACAGUCCUCUUAUCCAGACUACUAUCACGUUACCUCACAUCAUGUUGGAGACUGUCCCUCUCUAUAUCCAUGCUGAUUUACCAUCAUUUGGGCGAGUCCGAGAGUCUCUUCCAGUUCGUUACCACAUAGAAAACAGAACAGCUCUGGUGCAAGAGGUGGAGAUGGCUGUUGAACCUUCUGAUGCCUUCAUGUUCUCUGGACUCAAACAGGUGCGUCUCCGUAUCCUCCCUGGCUCAGAGCAGCAGAUUCUGUAUAACUACUACCCGCUGAUGGCUGGUUACCAAACACUACCACAGCUCAACAUCAGCCUGCCCCGCUGCCCGACCACCAACUCACACACACUCAGACGUUUCCUGCCUCAUCGCAUCUUUGUCAAGCCUCAGGGUCGACAGCUGGAUGACGCCUCCAUUGCUGCAGCUUGAGAAGAACGCAGUGUGUUUACUGUAAAUAUGAGAACAAAGCAGAUGUAUGAUUCCUCAUCAAAGAUAAUAUUAACACUCUUUGUUUCUGUAAAAACACACCAGGAAAACCAUCUAUUGACCAAACAUGUGGAAACAUUGUCUAGUGUUUCUGUUCCAAGUGAAUGUGAUGACAGGAGGCUGGUCAAUGGACUGAUAUACUGAUGUUCAAUUAAAAGUCAUGUAAAAAUCUAGUGUGAACUAUAUGGAAGUGUGGGUAGAGUGUAAUACAUGAACUGAAUGCGAUGAUGGGUUGAUUAAACUGAAGUCGUAUAAUCUC